UGCGAAUUCUGAUUAAACACCUUCUGAUGUGCGUUGACUUUUGUCCAUCGGUCACGUCGCAUUCAGUCACUUCCAGACUGCAGCAUACACAGAUAGACAGAGAUGUUCUCCAAAUUGAUUGAGGAAUUAAGUGGGUCGAGUCCGUCCAAACAGGCCCUGCUGGUGGCAGCCGGAGUCGGAACGGUUGCCGUUGGUGCCGCCGGUGCCUACUACAUCAAGAAACGGAUUAACAAUACUCCACCGAAGCAAUGGCGCCGGGUCGGAGAGAUCAACGAGAUCUACGUGUACCCGAUCAAGUCCUGCGCUCCGAUUCGGAUGAGUCGGGUAAGCUGCGUGGACCUAGGACCGAAGCGGAAUCUGCUACGCGAUAGGAUCUUCAUGGUGGUGAACGCCGAUGGGAAGUUGGUAAUGGCGAGGCAGAAGCCAAAGAUGGUACUGAUCCAGCCGCAGUUCGACGACGGCUACCAGAAGAUGACCCUUUCGGCACCGGGCAUGGAUGGCAUUACGAUUUUGGUGGGGGAAUUGUUCAAACAGGAGUCGGUGAAGGCCGUGGUUUGGGGUGAAACGGUACCGACUGUCGAUUGUGGGGAUGAAGUUGCCAAGUGGUUAUCGACCUACCUACUGGACAAGGCCGAUGGUUACCGAUUGAGAUUCUACCCGUUGGAUAAGACUUCCCGCAAGAAGAGUGAUGAAGACACGGGUUCCCUCCAUGAUGAAACCAGCUACAUGUUGUUCAACACGGCCACGGUGGAGGAUUUGAACACCCGUCUGGACCAGAAGGUCACCGCGCUGCAGUUUAGACCGAACUUUGUGGUCAAAGGGCCAUCGGCCUAUGCCGAGGACGACUGGCGGUGGGUGAAAAUCGGAAGUACGGUGUUCAAGUACGUAAAUCCCUGCUUGAGAUGCGUGUUCACCAACAUCGAUCCGGAGAAGGGAACCAGCAGUGCGGAUGGACAGCCGCUGAAGACGCUGAAGAGCUAUCGCAGAAUACCGGAACUUGGGGAGUCACCUGCUUUCGGAAUUUACCUUGGUGUGAGGCUUCCGGGAGAGGUCAGUCUGGGUGAUCCAGUGUACUACGGGUAGAUUAUUUGUUUUGUUCGGAUUCGGAUACC